AUGGGGGCUGGAGGAUACUACGCAUUUAGAAAUUCGGUCCACGGUUCGUGGUUCAUCCAGGCUUUGAACAAUUGCCUGCGCAAGUACGGCCGCAUUCUCGAUCUCAUGUCCAUAAUGACGCGGGUAAAUCAUGAGGUGGCCUUCGAGUUCGAGUCAUUGGCCUCUACCGCGGCGUACUCGGGCAAAAAGCAGGUCCCCUCGAUCGUAAGCACCCUCACCAAAGACGUCUUCUUCCCACCGAAAAGUACAACCUCCUCCACUGUCACCUCCCUUUUGCCCUCCUCUCGAACGCCCUGA